UUGUUCAUGAUGAAAAACGACGAAGAAGAAAAAAAAGUCAGGCCUCGCCGUUGCCACCGAAGAAGAACCGAAACUCGGAGGAAUCAUGGCUUCCCCUUCUGGCUGUGAACAUUAUGUACGCAGCUGCUUAUUGAAAGCGCCUUGUUGUGGUAAACUGUAUGUGUGUCGGCUGUGCCAUGACGCAGAGGAGACGCACCAGAUGGAUCGGUUCAAAGUCAAAGAGGUGCAGUGUUCUGAGUGUCACACAUUACAGCAGGCACAGCAAACCUGUCAACAGUGUAAUGUGCAGUUUGGGGAGUAUUACUGCGACAUUUGCCACUUAUUCGACAAGGAUAAGAAACAGUACCACUGCCAGCCUUGUGGGAUAUGUCGGAUUGGGCCCAGAGAGAAGUAUUUCCACUGUGAGAAGUGCAAUCUUUGUUUAGCUCAGAAUCUGCGGGGAAAUCACAAGUGUGUUGAAAAUGUUUCAAGGCAGAAUUGUCCCGUGUGUAUGGAGGAUAUUCAUACAUCCAGAAUUAUGGCUCAUGUUCUUCCAUGUGGCCAUCUUUUACACAAGACCUGCUUCGAUGACAUGGUCAGAACAGGCGCAUAUCGCUGCCCGCUGUGUAUGCACUCUGCAUGGAACAUGGAGGAUCACUGGGAUCAGAUAGAUAAAGAGAUUUCCCAGUCCCCGAUGCCCACUGAAUACCAGGGUGCUACUGUCAAAAUAAUAUGUAAUGACUGCCAAGCCCACUGCACGGUGCCUUUCCACGUGCUGGGGAUGAAGUGUGGUGGCUGCGGCUCGUAUAACACAGCCCAGGAUGGAGGACUUAUCCAGCAGCCUCAACAAGAGCAGCCAGAACAGCAAGAUGCUGAGAACGAGGCAGAAGCAGAAACAGACACAGAGCCAGAUCAGCAAGAUCAACCGCAGCCGACCACGCCACAUUAGAUUUACAGCCAAUCACAAUGCAUGAUAUUUUUACGUGAAGCAUUCGUCUGGGGAGCUUACACAUAAUAGGUUGCAUUGAGUUUGAGAAUAGACUGUGCUUGAUUUCCUCAGUUGUACAUAUUACAAAAAAUGUCAUUUAUUUUCGGUAGCUGCUCAUCCUCUUCAGAGCUGGAACUUAUUUCAGUGUUCAGCCGGGGAGAUGAAGAACAAUUCAGAACUGUUCCUAGUGUUCUACAGGACUAACACAUGUUUACACAUUUACAACAACAAGAGUACUCAAAGUCUUAGUCCACCUAGCUACUCAAGAGAGUCUGGCUGGGGGGGUGGCAGUCUAACAACUGUAUGGCACCAUGACAAGAAAUGACAGGGUUCUCCGCUCUAGUGAAGGAGGUCGUUCAGGAUCAGUUUGCGGGCUGGCACCAUACAUCUCAUAACCGUCAAAGUUCUCUCUGGAAGACAUUCUUUAAACAAGAGUCAAAUAUACGGUACUGUACCUGCACUCUCCUCAACUAGGUUUGAAAAUGUGUUUGAUACAAAUAGAAACUUCACUCUGUAUACUUUUCUUUUGGUAUGGUUGUUCUAGUACAGCUGGGACACAAGACCCUGGCUCCCAUCACCAUCUGCAUUUUCGUGUUUUUGUUACUCGCAGGUUUAAAGUCUGGGUUCCUUUUCAAUGACAGUAAUACAUCUCCCAAUAAAAACAAUAAUUUGUCAAAAAAA